AUGAUUGGCUUCCGCGGGCAUCUAUCCACGCAAGACGUCAUGCUUCAGCUCUCUGAAGAAGUCCUACACCCCCGGCAUGUCAAACGCACAAGAGCCAUACUAGCACUCGACCUGACCAAGGCCUCUGACAAUGUGGAACAUACCGCAGUGCUGAACGCCUUAUCCGAUCUACACGUAGGCGGGAGAACUCACGCCUAUGUCACAGCUUUCCUACAGGCCAGGACUGCGGUCCUUACUGUGGGAGAACUGACAACAGACAAGGUCCAACUGGGUAGCAGAGGCACACCGCAAGGGUCAGUGCUCUCGCCACUCCUCUUCAACCUUACUCUCAUUCCCAUGGCCAGAGACCUGGCAAAUAUUCCCAACCUCUCGCACUCCCUGUAUGCAGAUGAUAUUACCUUGUGGACCACUACAGGCAGCAUAGGCGACAUGGAGGCGACCUUACAAGCAGGGGCCGAUGUGGUGGUGGAGCGGGCUAUGGCAAUAGGUCUCGCAUGCUCCCCGACCAAGUCGGAACUUCUUGUUCUUCACCCCCCCAAGAGUCGCACAGACCCAACUCCAAACCCCAGCAUCCGUAUCCACAUGAAGACGUAUUCCAUUCCAGAGGUCACACAGCUACGAGUGCUUGGCAUGGUCAGGCAGAACAACGGCAAACAUACGGCGACCUUGAACAAACUCACCACCACAGUACACCACACUAUGCGCCUCAUUAAGCGGAUAGCCAAUAGACACAAUGGGAUGAGAGAGCAUGACUUGAGAAAGUUAGUGCAGGCUUUUGUCAUAAGCAGAGUACUAUACUCGCUCCCAUACCUACAUCUCAACCGGACGGAAACGGAAAAAGUGGAUGCCCUUAUACGUCAAGCGUAUAAGACUGCACUUAACCUCCCCAGGCACACGCCAAACGAGCGCCUCCUUCGCAUGGGGGUACAUAACACAUUUGAUGAGCUCACGGAAGCCCAUCGCACAGCCCAAAUUGAGAGGUUGUCCUCUACCACCACAGGUCGGCACAUCCUGGACAAACUAGGGCUAAUCCCGACUUCCAAGGCCCAUCAGACAUGUCCUUUACCAUCGGACAUACAAAACUGCAUCACUAUUCUCCCCCUGCCUAAAAACAUGCACCCCGUGCAUCACGAGGCACGCAGGCAGACCAGGGCAAAAGCCCUCUACAAACAACACGAACACGACCACCUCACUGUGUGUGUCGACGCCGCUAGUUACCCACAGAAACCAGCCUAUGCCGUAAGUGCAGUGUCCCAUCAACUUGGUUACAUCACAGCUGCCACAAUACACGCGCGCACGUCCAUAGAGGCGGAGGAGGCUGCCAUAGCGCUGGCCAUCUCAACCACCGCUGCCGAGGUUAUCCUUAGUGAUUCCAAAACUGCAAUCCGCAACUACUCGAAAGGCCGAGUUCAUGACCCGGCACUGAAAAUUCUCAAUCAUCAGACCCCCCUCAGACCAAUUAAGCUCAUCUGGGUGCCCGCGCACGCAGGCCAUCCAGGCAAUGAGAUGGCCCAUUCUAUCGCUCGAGUAGCCGUCAACCGAGCCACGCCGUCCGAUGACCUGGAUAACGCCAGAGACCGAUUGGUCGAAUAUCACGAGAUCACCCUCCACUACCGCGAAAUGCGGUUGAGAUACCCUCCCCCAGAUAAAUCUUAA